AUGCCUGGCGCCUCUUUGUGCUGUUCCCAACCACUUGCAGGCAUCGCGAUCUUCCACCUGGCGUUCGUUUACACGAGCCUUGAAAACCAAGAGUUCGUGCAGCGCCCCCUCUCGGAGUUGGCCAUCAAUCGGAAAUCGUCUCCAAACAGGCGGUACGUGCAGGUCGCGUCUGGCCCGACGCUUUGCAUUCUUUCCGUCGGGUCAAGAAGGCUUCCCACGUCUACGUCGCUACUCCCGAAGGAACCGCCAGCGGCCGCCUCUCUCUGCAACUACCACCGGUGGAACAUCCGCCCCGUCCGCCAGUUCAUCACGCAUCUUCAAAUGACGGACGAUCAAGUCGACAAAGGUUUCACCCGAGCAGACGGUCUCUGGUACGAAGACGGCACUGUCAUCUUCGUCGCAGGCAAUGUCGGCUUCCGCGUCUACAAGGGUCUCCUCAGCUCCCUGUCCCCCGUCUUCGAACACAUGUUCUCCUCCACACAGCCCGACGAUGCGGAGACCAUCUAG